UGCGCAAUUUACGAUAAAAGACGCCUGUUUUUCUUUCUUUCUUUUUCAUGUGGACCUGGAUUCAUUAAUUAAGACAAUGUUCCUGCUUCUGUAUCUGUUGUCAUAUUUGACCGUCGUCAGUGCAGGUUUUCACUCACUGUUUGCUUUGGCAACAUAUAUAGUUGGGGACACACAGUUUCCUGAGUUCAGUGUUGUGCUGAUGUUGGAUGAUGUGCAAAUCCUAUAUUAUGACUCUGCCACAUGGAAAGCUGUCUUUCGUUCUCACAGAGAUUCAAAAUACUAUGAUGAAGAGCAAAGGGAUGCUGGUGCUGUAUUUAAUGAUAUGUAUAACAGCAUGAAAGAUCGAGCAUUUUUUCAUAAUAAUCACUUAAAUCACACAGAUGGUGCAAAUGCUGUACAUGUUCAUCAAAGACUUGCUGGAUGUGAAUUGCUGAACAGUGAUAAACCAGGUCUGCUGCAGACAUGGGAUGCCUUCGAUGGACAAAAUGUGGAGGAGUUCACCUUUGACAUUGAAAAACAUGAUAUAAAGAUGAAAAAGCCAUGGAUGAUAAUGUGGAGCCAAUUCGAACAUCUUAAAGUAAAGUUAAUGUAUGAAAAUGUUUAUCAUCCUGUUUGCAUUAAAACCUUGCGGAGGUACCUGGAAAUGGAAAAGAACAAUGUGAUGAGAAAAGUGAAGCCAAGAGUCAGACUCGUAAAGAAGAUGCUCACAGACUCUCAUGGGCUUAAGAUCAGCUGUCUGGCCACUGGUUUUUACCCCCGUCACAUUAACCUGACCUUGUUCAGAGAUGGUCAGUUUGUGGAUGAUAAUCAGAUCACAGGAGGAGAGAUUCUGCCCAAUGGAGACGGAACAUACCAGAUGAGGAAGAGUUUGGUGAUCAGUGAAGAAGAGCUACAUGAGGGACAUGAAUACAACUGCACAAUGAAGCACCUCAAUCUGGACAACAAACUGGAUAUUAUUUUUGAUGUGGCUGAAUCUGACCCAGGAUCUUUCAGUCAGUCUGUAGUUUUCGGUGUGCUAGUGUUCAUUUGUUUGGCUGCUCUCAUCAUAACUGCACUCAUCAUAUGGAGGAAGAGACAUUCUGCUGGACAAGGAUCUGUGUCACAGGGUGAAUACUCCCCUACUCCAUCUUCUGUACAAGAUGAAUAUCUGAAUAUCAGACCUCUGGAGUAAGAUGCAUCCCCACCCAGAAGGAUCAAAUGAAUGUAUACAGUGGUCGAAUUGUUA